AUGGAAUUCAACGAUAACAAUGUCAAGAUCCUGGGAAGUAUUGGCGGUGCAGGUGGGAAGCCGUUUGUAUUUUACUGUGAUGGUCAGUCACUUGAGCGUCUUGAUGUUUGGGCAGAUGACGAGUGCAUCAAAGGAAUAUGGGCAGCGCUCACUAACCACCAGCAUAGAUCGUUUGGAACUCACCAUGGCGAUUACAAUUUGGAAUACCGAACAUACAAGUUUGAAACCGACGAACGACUUACGAAUCUCAGCAUCUGGAAAAACUGGAAUGGAGAGAGAACGGGGAGGAUCGAGUUCACGACUAAUAUAGGUGGGUCAUUCAUGAUUGGACCAGGUGGAGGCAAGAAGUUUGAAUUUGAUGUACAGGAAAGUAAAGCUGUUGGACUGGCUGGGCGAUUUGGUGCAGAUAUAGAGCAGUUUGCCUUGAUGGUUACCAAAAACGACGUUACACAGUCACCGCGGUAA